AUGGUUAAAAAAAGAAAAGAGAGAGCAAAAAGAACAAAAAAAAAGAGAGGAGGCAAGAGAGGGAUGAUAGAGUACAUUCUGUUGGUGAACAAGCAGGGGCAGGCGCGGGUUUCCAAGUACUUUGAUACCCACCGACCACCAAAGGAGCGCGUACUCUUCGAAACCGAAAUCGUUCGCAAAUGCCUUCUCCGGGCCGAUGACCAGUGCGGGUUUGUGGAGCACCAGGGGCGGAAGGUGGUGUACCGGCGAUACGCCUCUCUCUUCUUCAUCGUUGGCAUCGACCACAGCGAGAACGAGUUGGCCGUGUACGAGUUCAUUCACAACCUGGUGGAGCUCUUCGAUCGCUACUUCCGCCAAGUCGUACGCUCUCUGCCUUUGCGUGUGAUGCGUUUGCGCUGCCAGCGCCAAAUGUUCACUGCGUGUUGCGUUGUGUGCGUUGUGUGUCGGUGUGUGCGGUGUGUGCGGUGUGUGUGUGUGUGUGUUGGUGUGUACAAACAUGCGCACUCAUUCACUACAGUGCGAACUUGA